AUUGCCCUGACAUUUCUAUGGUAACGGGGAAACACAACAAAGCGUCAAGUUACGGUCGCCGUGUUUGCUGAGCCACACGCACACACACACACACACGUAUUAAUUAGUCAGUUAGGAACAUUGCUCCUCAUUUUCGGUCUGUCCUCGUCAUUUAACAAGACCACACCUGUGCAUAUGUCGAGGGACACGUCCGAGCUAACGACAACAGGCUUCACAGUGAAGGCCGCCAUGAAGAACUACAGGGUGGUGGGUCCCCCGCCUACAGGGGCUUUUCAGGAGCGCCCUGCCAAACCAACCACCUUUCGCAAGUUCUACGACCGUGGAGAUCUCCCAAUCUACCUGGUACAUGGCACCAGACCUACAAUUACAUGGAAGGUGGAUAUUGAGACACUGGACUACAACCACUACCUGCCUCUGUUUUUCGACGGCUUAUCUGAGACGGCUCAUCCGUACGCGUUCCUGGCCCAACAGGGAGCCGAGGACUUGCUGGACCACGGAGGCGACAAGAUCCUUCCCGUCAUUCCCCAGCUCAUCAUUCCCAUCAGGAAUGCCUUGAACACGAGGAACCAUCAGGUGAUGUGCACCACCAUGAAAGUCCUGCAGCAUCUGGUGAAGUCUGGAGACAAAGUCGGCGAGGCUCUUGUGCCCUACUUCAGGCAGAUCCUCCAUAUUUUCGACCUGUUCAAGGACAAGAAAACCAAACCUUCUGGUGUCGUCAGAAGCCACCUGCAGAAGCCUGAGAACAUCAGGGAGCUGAUUCCGGAGACUCUGGAGCUGUUGGAGCGCACCGGAGGAAACGACGCCUUCGUGCACAUAAAGAUCAUGGUGCCCACCUACCAGUCCUGUGUGGCUUAUUCACCCUGACGCUGAACACAUUUGUUCUUUGUUGUUAUGAAAUAUACACUUUCAUUAUA